GGUGCAGUGCAGCCCGCUCGGAGGUUUUCUGUUGGCGCAAACCGGGCCUGGUGUCGUCAUCGAGCCAACUCCAGAUCCACUUGGCAACAUUGCGAUAAAGCGACUCUCGCCUCUGCGUGAGCGUUUCUUGUUUGAUCUCCCUUUUGUCUGGCAUCAUGACCUGGGAACUCAACCGCCGACGGUUUGUCCGUGCCGUCAACAGCAAAUUCAUCUAUGGACGUUUGCCUCUACUCCACACCAUCAUCCUCCUCAUCGAAAUGGCCCUCGUUGCCCGGCUGACGGCACGAUUCAAUUCGUACUACAAUGAACGACCACUCUUGACCAUGAUGGUCACCAAUUCGAUCCUUGGUGGUAUCGCCGAUACCGUCGCGCAAACCAUCACCUCUGUGCGUGAACGGGCGCUCAGGAAGCCAGGCGGCGUCACCAAGGACGAUACCUUUGCCGUUGAGAUCCACGAGCUGGACGAAAAGAAUCCCUUCUACGAUCGCGAACUUAUUCCCGAUUCUAAGAGCCUACCUCCGCCGUUUGACUUUGAGCGACUUACACGGUUCAUGGCUUACGGCUUUUGCAUGGCUCCUGUCCAGUUUAGAUGGUUCAAGCUGCUCGAAAGGCUCUUCCCCAUCACCAAAGGAAGCGCAUUUGUGCCGGCUAUGAAGCGAGUCGCCUUUGAUCAGCUUAUCUUUGCGCCAUUCGGUGUGGGCGUCUUUUUCACGGCCAUGACCAUUGCUGAGGGAGGCGGCCGCCGUGCGGUUACCCAUAAGCUGCGAGACAUGUACAUCCCUACGCUCAAGGCCAAUUACGUCGUGUGGCCUGCGGUGCAGGUUAUCAACUUUCGCUUGAUGCCGGUGCAAUUCCAACUGCCGUUUGUGUCGACUGUUGGUAUUGCCUGGACCGCCUAUCUCUCCCUGACCAAUGCAUCCGAUUGAAGAGAGACCGAGAAGAGACGUACCACUUAACCACUGUAACGCAACAUCUGUGAUAUAUGAACAGCACUACAGGGUCGUAUGUUGAGAAAAAGGAGGAUAACAGUGGAAACAUGC